AUGCUAUUGCUGGGAGUGCUGGACUUGGUCAGGGAAGCUGAGCUGAUUGGUGCGAUAUAUGCCUUCGAGGAACUUGCUGAACUCGUCACACAGCUCACUAAUGUCUCUGUCACAGUCACUGUCGACCCUACCCCUCCAGAGCUUGGAGCAGACGACGUACUGACAGUCGUCGAAGUGGCACUUCUUCCACCACUUUUCCACGAGACCAGACUCCUCGAGCUCUUUGGACAGCUGAUCGUCACUGUGGACACCGAGCUUAUUGGACCAAAGCCGAAGCAACCCUGCGGGAUCCAGACCUGGCUUCCGCAAAGGUGCCGCAGAACCCUAGUCUCGCGCGUAGCCAGUGGUCCAUGGCUGUUGUCAAUGUUGGAAAGACACUGCUCCAUUGCCUUGGCACAGCUGACGCUGGACGAUGUCGGACCUGGAGUAGUGACGCCUGAUACUGUUGUCGUAUCGCGGGUUGUCCCUGGUAUUUUGCUGCUGUUCGUCCAACGUACACUUUCGGUCGACCAGACUGAGCUUCCGGUGCCUUCCGUUGGAAUGACUGUACUAGUGAGCCUGAGUGGUGGUGGUGGUGGUGGUCGAAGUCUGUCCACAUGA